GAGAGGACCGGGCUGUGGAGAGUGAAGAUGGUGCUGCUGGCGGUGGCAUCGUGCCCUCGCAGGCUGGCCAGGCGCUCCCGCUCGGCGAUAGCGGCGGCUCUCACCGUGCUGCUCAUCCAGACCCUCAUCGUGUGGAAUUUCAGCAGCCUGGACUCCGGGGACGAGCAGCGGGGCGGAGGCGGCAGCCGGGAGAAGAGGGACCGGGGCAGCCACCGAGAUGAGCCCCGGCUAGGACACGAGCAGCAGCGCCGCAGAGGAGCAGCACUGCACAACCAAGCGCUGGAUGGAUAUUUUUCUCACCGCCCGAAAGAGAAAAUGCGGACCGACAGCAAUAAUGAGAAUUCAGUUCCAAAAGACUUUGAAAAUAUUGAUAACAGUAACUUUGCUCCAAGGACUCAAAGGCAUAAGCACCAGACGGAGCAGGGGAAGAAGCCUCCAAGCAGGCAGAAGGAGCAUUUAAAACGAAAGUUAGCCCUUGAGGAAAAAAUGAAAGAAAACUCGCUGCUAGAAAAAAAUUCAAAUGAAGUUUUACAUUAUGUAGGUGACCCUUCCAAGAACCUCACUUCAGCAAACUUAAAGGAUGGUUAUAGAAGCACCAAGAUGCACCAUACCAAGAAGACUGUAAACGGCUCCCCUGAAAUAAAGUAUGAGCUACCUCCAAAAUGUGAGAUCACUGGAAAGGAGGCAAUAUCAGCUCUUUCUCGGUCUAAGUCAAAACAGUGUCGCCAAGAAAUUGCUGAGGUCUAUUGUCAACAUAAGCAAGGGAAGCUGAUGCCGGAGAAAGUGACCAGACUUUGUCCGCUGGAAGGGAAGGCCAACAAUAACGUCCAAUGGGAUGAGGACUCCUUGGAGUACAUGGCCGCCAAUCCAGUGAGGAUAGCCUUUGUCUUGGUUGUUCACGGAAGAUCCUCUCGACAACUCCAGAGGAUGUUUAAGGCAAUUUAUCACAAGAACCAUUACUACUACAUUCAUUGUGACAAGAGAUCCAAUUAUCUACACAGACAAGUAGUCCAGUUUGCAAGUCAGUACCCCAAUGUCCGUGUCACCUCGUGGAGAAUGGCAACCAUAUGGGGAGGAGCAAGUCUGUUAUCUACGUACCUGCAAAGCAUGAGGGAUCUCGUGGAGAUGUCAGACUGGUCAUGGGACUUUUUCAUCAAUCUUAGUGCUGCUGAUUAUCCAGUCAGGACAAAUGACCAGUUGGUGGCAUUUCUCUCAAGAUACAGAGAUAUGAACUUCUUGAAGUCACAUGGGAGAGACAAUGCAAGAUUUAUCAGAAAGCAAGGUCUGGACAGGUUGUUCCUGGAAUGCGACACCCACAUGUGGCGUCUUGGAGACAGGAAGAUCCCAGAAGGCAUCACUGUAGAUGGUGGCUCGGACUGGUUUCUCUUGAAUAGGAAAUUUGUGGAAUAUGUGACCUUUUCCAAUGAUGAUCUGGUUACAAAGAUGAAGCGAUUCUAUUCCUACACGCUGCUUCCAGCCGAGUCCUUCUUUCAUACCGUUUUGGAAAACAGCCCUUUUUGUGACACCAUGGUUGAUAAUAAUUUGCGAAUCACUAACUGGAAUAGAAAACUAGGCUGCAAAUGUCAAUAUAAACACAUUGUUGACUGGUGUGGCUGCUCUCCAAAUGACUUCAAGCCCUCUGACUUCCACCGAUUUCAGCAAACAGCAAGACCAACUUUCUUUGCUCGUAAAUUCGAAGCUGCAGUGAACCAAGAAAUAAUUGGGCAGUUGGACUACUAUCUGUAUGGUAACUACCCAUCCGGUACACCAGGCCUGAGAUCAUACUGGGAGAAUUUGUAUGACGAACCAGACGGCAUCCACAGUAUUAGUGACGUUAUGUUGACCAUGUUCCAUUCAUUCUCCCACAUGGGUCUCAAAAGAGCUGAAGGAUCUCUGCACACUGAUGGAGAGAACACUUGCCGGUACUAUCCCAUGGGCCAUCCAGUGUCAGUCCAUCUUUAUUUUCUCGCUGACCGCUUCCAGGGUUUCCUUAUUAAACAUCAUGCCACUAAUCUUGCAGUCAGUAAACUUGAGACAUUGGAGACCUGGGUGAUGCCAAAGAAAGUUUUUAAGAUUGCCAAUCCUACGAGUGAUUUCGGGAGACUGCAGUUUUCUGAGGCGGGAACCGAAUGGGACGCCAAAGAAAGAAUAUUCCGGAAUUUUGGUGGCAUUAUGGGGCCUAUGGAUGAGCCAAUUGCAAUGCAGAAAUGGGGAAAGGGGCCCAACAUAACAGUUACUGUCGUGUGGAUUGACCCCGUAAAUGUCAUUGCUGCUACAUAUGAUAUUCUUAUUGAAUCCACUGCGGAAUUCACUCAUUACAAGCCUCCUCUGAACCUGCCUCUCAGGCCUGGCAUCUGGACUAUUCGGGUUCUUCAUCACUGGGUUCCUGUAGCCGAAACUAGAUUUCUCAUAAGUCCGCUUACUUUUUCCAACCGGCAACCCAUUAAAAGUGAUGAUGUGGCCAAGUUUCAUGGAGGACCUCCAAAAAAUGCAUACAUGGAGCAGAGUUUCCAAGGCUUGAAUCCAGUAUUGAACAUACCAAUAAACUCAAAUCAAGUGGAACAAGCCAAGAAGAAUGCAGCACUUAUAGGGUCAAAACUGGAAAGUUGGGUUGACAGUUUGGCUACAAACAUGUGGUCAGCAGUAGACAUCUGUACAACAGGACCGUCCUCAUGUCCAGUCAUGCAGUCAUGUUCUCAGACAGCCUGGAGUUCACUUAGCCCUGACCCUAAAUCAGAACUUGGACUUCUCAAACAUGAUGGGCGUUUGAGGUAGCAUCUGGCGAACCCUUCAAUGGCAUGGGAUUUAAAAGGGAAAUUGACCAAUGUUAAGAAGAAUAGAUUCAAUUUAUAGGGUUUUCUGCUUUUCAAAGGAGUCACCUAGAGGUGUUCAGAAGUCCUUCCUGCUCUCCGUUGUAGGCUUUAUGGUCAGACUGGCAUUGAUAGCACUUCCCUACAAUUGGCAGAGCACCAACAGCAGACACUCACCAAGGGCUCGAAUGCGCAAAUAUUUCCCUUGUAAUUGAGUCAUGGAAAGCCCCGUUCUCCCUUUGCACAAUUACCUUCUAUUUUUCUACCUUCAUGUAUUUUUUUUUGUGUUUGUCAGUGUUAAUUAGCAGUGUUCUGAAAAAAAAGGAAUAUGUCAGAUGUAAAGUCAAGAACGUGGCUAUUUCAUUACAUUGUGAGAAAUUAUAGCAAAAGGUGGCCUUUUAAUGACUCAUGUGUUGCCAAAGAAGUCCCAAAUGGCAUUGCAGACAACUCUGGCAGCCAAAGGGUUAUAGGAUGGAAACUUUUAAAGAUUUUAAGCAGUAUGCAUUGCACAUGUGCACCAUGUGCCAGCUUUUCAAAGUCCAGUUGAAUUAAAACUCUCUAACUGGUUGGCAUUGCUACCACAUAUUUUGUGUUCCUUGCACCACAAUGUUUAUUCAUUCAUCACACUCUGUUGGGAUGUUAAUGUUAGGAAACCAUGUGGGGUUGACACCACAUGUGUACAACUGGUGCAGCUGCACAUGGGCCCUUUGGGUAAGGGGACACACUUCCACAAUAGAAGCAUCUUCCUACUAUCUAUUUCAUGAAUUUCAUAUCUCCUAAUUACUAUUGGAUUUUUAGGGAGACAUAAGGGGGGUCUCAAUACUGGGAUAUUAGAGAGCAAGAGGCCCUGAUACUGUUCUGGCUCAAGAGUCCUCUGUAGUCUUUGUCCGUACUUGCCCUUAUGGUAGGAAAUAUUUGGCAUUUUUUUCUGUGCUAGACCAGUAUUGGGGAGACUAGUGCUUAGGAAUUUGCUCAAAUCAGUAAUUCUGGUAUCUUCAAGACUACUAGUUAAUAUGAAAUUUGUGGUAUCGUUGGUUUCAUGGAAACUGGAAAACUAAAUUUCAAUUAGUAUUGAGUCAGCCUUCAAAAUAUAUUCUUCAUUUACCGUAUGUGUAUGAUUUUGUAGGCUACAAAGUGCCAUUCAAGUAACUAUGUUGGGGUAACAGAAUGUUACCCCAUUCUCGGACUUCCUAGUGAAUUUAACUGAAAAAUAGUCCCAGCUGCCUGAAAGAGACAGCCAUGUCAUGACAUCCUGAAGCAAUGUCCAUAGUACUUGUUGAGCGUCAUCCACCAAAGUCUAUCAUGUAGUCCAAGCCUUAAGUUUCUCUGACAUAAUACAUAUUAGGUAUCAUCAUUCAUACCGUUUCAUUGGUUAAUUCUUUUACGUAAAAGCCUUUGGUGAAUUUUUAUUUUUUUGGGUUGGCUGUGAAAUUUGAAAGGCGCAAGGUAAACAAAGCCUUUGUGGUGAAUACUUACUGGUAAACCUGUAGUUACUUCAUUAUUGUUUUUUAUUUCCUUAUCGUGGACCAAAGAGAGAUAAGUCUUCCUUUCCCUUAUGUGACAUCUCCAAGGAUUCGGUGAGACAGCUUCUUAGAAAAGUUUGAGCUUCCAGCACUUAAGCAUUUGACCCUUCACUGCCAGAAGCAUCUUCUACAUUGGACCAUGAGCUCUUGGUCAUUGAUUGUUCAUUGACCUCAGUAGUCUAUGGAUUACCAGUGUUAAAAAUGGAAAGUCUGGGAAUAAUUUUCCAGUUCAAAUUGGAACUUGCAUAAAACCUAUUUACUAUGGUAUCGGGGAACUGAUGUAAUGCUACAUCUACGUAGCAAGGUUGAAAUCCCUUAUAAAUAUGAUAGUCCCUGAUUUCAAGCUAAAACAGCUAUUCUAUGAGAAAUUAUCAACCAGACCAGUGUAACCCUUCUGGUUUUGUUCCAUAUGCCAUGAUCAUAUGAUGCCUAUAGAUGGAACGGGAAGUUCUUUAGGUGUUAGCUGUGCUAGCGCCAUGUUCUUACGAGC